AUGUGGAGGACGAUUUGGAAUCAUGGGGUAUCUGGGACAGCAGUGAUUCCAGUCGUCGUGAGAAUAUCCAUGUGGAUGAUUUCGUGAAGGAGACGGAUGACGACGAGGAGUGCCUGUGCUCGAGUUCGAGGAGCUACUCGAGGAGCGAUAUCCAUCUUCCUUAGUCUGGGAGCAACGACGGCUCCUUCUCUUCUUCUUCUGUCUUUUCUGGCAAUCUUUUGA